AAAAAAACUCCCGACCUAUAACUAACGUCGAGCCUUCGAAAAACUCCCCCGAUGCCCCACGACCGUUCAUGAUUUCCCUGAUCAACGGUCUCAGGAGGCUAAGGCAAGCGAGUCGCGCCUGCAGGACGAAUGCCCUGCGAGCAGCGAUCGGCUGCGCCCCCGUCCGGUGCAUCCCCGUGGUGAUGCUGAUGCCGUCGGGACGCCGCCAAGCGACGCCCCUCAACGGCGGCGCCUCCAUCAGCACGGUGAUCACCAACGUGGACGUCGAGGAGAACAUCGGCGAGCUGCUCAACCUGGUGAAGCUGGCCAUCGACAAGGGCGAGCUCGACAAGGCCGAGACCAUACUGGAGAUGGGCAUCAAGAUAUGCGAGGAGUACCAGUCUUAUUACGCCAUGCCCUACAUGUACGACAUCAUGGCCUCGAUCGCUUUGGCCACCGGCAAAAUCGGCAAGGCGGAGAACAUCUUAGUUAGAGUGAUCGAGAAGAUGGUGCAGCUGGGAAUACCCGAGGACAACAGCCAAAUGGUGGACUUUAAGCUGCGCCUGUCGCGCAUCUACAGCUUGUACCAGGAGAACGUCCUGGCCGAGAUCGGUUUCGGCACGUGUCUCAAAGAACAAGAAACGAAAAUCAACAACGGGGACAUGUCGAUGAAGACCAGCCUGCUGUACGUCAACUGUCUGUUCUUCUACGGGCUGCACAAGAUCAGCGUGUCGCAGUACAAACGCGCCAAAACCUUCAUCGAUUCGGCCUACAGCUACGCCAUGAAAAUGAAAGGGCUCAGCCCCUAUCAGGAGAUGCUGAUACUCGCCACGUUGGCCGAUCUCAACGCCCAACUGAAGGACUACGAUAUCGCCCUGCAGUACGUCAACAGCGCCAUCAUAUUGGGCAAGGGCAUCGGCAGCAUCGAUCUGCCCAAGCUCUACAUAAAACUGGCCAAAAUCUACGCCAACAUGGACUCGCCUUCGAUGGCGCGCCAUUGGUUGCGCGAGGCCGCCGCCCUGGCCAAUUUAUUCAACAACAAAAAGGUCUGCGAUGAAGCCGAAGCCCUACUGCAAACUCUAUCGCUGUAGGCACGUAGCAGGAACAGUCUUGGUGGCAAAUAAACACUCGAAACUCGUCG